CCCGGGUCGCCGCGCCGCGACCCGCAGACCCCGCCGCCGCUCGGCCCGGCUCCCACGCCCCCGCGCCCCGCGCGCGCAACUCUGCCGGCCGCCCCGCCCCGCCCGCCGCGCGCUCGCAGACCCCCGGGGCGGCUGCCCGAGAGAUGCUGGAAGAAACUUCUUAAAUGACCGCGUCCGGCUGCCCGCGGAGCAUUUCUGGGUUGGGGAGAGGAAAGGAAAGUGGAAAAAAACUGAGAACUUCCUGAUCCCUCUCGCUGUGAGACAUGUCUGAGACUCCUGCUCAGUGUAGCAUUAAGCAGGAACGAAUUUCAUAUACACCUCCAGAGAGCCCGGUGCCGAGUUACGCUUCCUCGACUCCACUUCAUGUUCCAGUGCCUCGAGCGCUUAGGAUGGAGGAAGACUCGAUCCGCCUGCCAGCGCACCUGCGCUUGCAGCCAAUCUACUGGAGCAGGGAUGACGUAGCCCAGUGGCUCAAGUGGGCUGAAAAUGAGUUUUCUUUAAGGCCAAUUGACAGCAACACAUUCGAAAUGAAUGGCAAAGCGCUCCUGCUGCUGACCAAAGAGGACUUCCGCUAUCGAUCUCCUCAUUCAGGUGAUGUGCUUUAUGAACUCCUUCAGCAUAUCCUGAAGCAGAGGAAACCUCGGAUUCUUUUCUCACCAUUCUUCCACCCUGGAAACUCUAUCCACACUCAGCCAGAGGUCCUACUGCAUCAGAACCAUGAAGAAGAUAACUGUGUCCAGAGGACCCCCAGGCCAUCCGUGGAGAGCGUGCACCACAACCCUCCCACCAUUGAACUCUUGCACCGCCCUAGGUCACCCAUCACGACCAACCACCGGCCUUCUCCUGACCCCGAGCAGCGGCCCCUUCGAUCCCCCCUGGACAACAUGAUCCGCCGCCUCUCCCCGGCCGAGAGGGCCCAGGGACCGAGGCUCCACCAGGAGAACAACCACCAGGAGUCCUACCCCUUGUCAGUGUCUCCCAUGGAGAAUAAUCACUGCCCGCCAUCCUCCGAGUCCCACCCGAAGCCCUCCAGCCCCCGGCAGGAGAGCACCCGAGUGAUCCAGCUGAUGCCCAGUCCCAUCAUGCACCCUUUGAUCCUGAACCCCCGGCACUCCGUGGAUUUCAAACAGUCCAGGCUUUCCGAGGAUGGGCUGCACAGGGAAGGGAAACCCAUCAACCUCUCUCAUCGGGAAGACCUGGCCUACAUGAACCACAUCAUGGUCUCCGUGUCCCCGCCUGAAGAACACGCUCUGCCCAUUGGGAGAAUAGCAGACUGUAGACUGCUUUGGGAUUACGUCUAUCAGUUGCUUUCUGACAGCCGGUACGAAAACUUCAUCCGAUGGGAGGACAAAGAAUCCAAAAUAUUCCGGAUAGUGGAUCCCAAUGGACUGGCUCGACUGUGGGGAAACCAUAAGAACAGAACAAACAUGACCUAUGAGAAAAUGUCCAGAGCCCUGCGCCACUACUACAAACUAAACAUUAUCAGGAAGGAGCCAGGACAAAGGCUUUUGUUCAGGUUUAUGAAAACCCCAGAUGAAAUCAUGAGUGGCCGAACAGAUCGACUGGAGCACCUUGAGUCCCAGGAGCUGGAUGAACAAAUAUACCAGGAGGACGAGUGCUGAAGGCAGCCACACGCCACCUGGGUGGGCUGAGGUCCAGGGAGCCCCUGCCCACCAGGAUCACUGGAGGCUUGAUGAAGCUGGCGGGCUGAGGCCGGCUGGAAAGGAAGAGACCCAGCGAUGGCAGGAACACUUCUCUUGCAGACCAAGAGGGACCCCAGAGCACCUUAGACAAACCACCCGGCAAAGGCGGGGCUGGAAUUCUGGCGGAGGGCACGAGCCUGGGACUCGAGAGUCACAUUUCCUUCUUUGGAAUCUGUCCACCUGUAAUUCCUCACCCUCACCCCUCUACCUGUUGUUAGUCUCAUGGUGUUUUUGUUUUCGUUUUUGUUUUUUUAAGAACCUGCAGUUUGACUUUUCAUCGUUCAUAUAAGGGAAGACAUCGGAGGUUGUUUCCCUAUGGAAAUAUAUAUCUAUUAUAUAUAUAUAUUUUUUGCAAAUCUCACAAAGUACAGCCAGCCCAGCUGGUCAGGAAAGAAUACUUGCAGAAGGGAUCAGGUUCCUCUUUUUCCUGCCACGUGGAUCAGGUUUGUUUCUGUUGCAGUUGGGUCUUGGCUGAAAAAAAAAGAAAAAAGAAAAAAAAAAAGAUGCUUUUAAAAAAUGAUCACACGAGAAGGAGAGCUCUCUUUUUCAUUCUUGCUCACCUUCCUUUCCUGGCUCCCCUGUGUCCCGCCCCCCCAACCCCUCCGCCUGCUGUUGCACUUCACAUGCCUUUCAGCCGAGUUCAGUCUCCUGCAGAAUCUUGGGGAUUCUUGGCACCUAAAUAGAAUCAGUGACCUGGGUGCUUUGUGUCCAGCAGCCAAAAUUAGACCCCUAUGCCAGCAUCUGGCCACCCAUCUGAGGGAGGCCAGAACCCUCACUGAUGCUGCUGUACUCCAGAAAGAUAAGUGCUAUUCCAGCAGGCCGUCCCCGAGAUGACGGGGAGAACCAACCAGCUACAGYGUCAGAUAAGGCAAGUUGUUUGGAAGGCCCCCCGGCUGCUUGGGAUUAGCUUGCAAGUGUAAAGUUUCCUGGUCCCCACUGAACACAGAACAUUUGUGAGGGGAGUACUCCAGAAUGGAGUCCCAGAUGCAGCCAGGGUCUGCCCAGCCUGGGCAGAAAGCAAGUUCCUCAGAUCCAUUACUUUCUCCUUCUUCCUUCACYGUUGUAUUUCAGAACGGAUCCAUUCCUGGCUCUUUUUCACCCCUCAAAAUAAGGUUGGUAGUGUCUUACAGAAGGAGGGUCGUGCCAUCUUAGUACUUCUGCUGAUAACAGAUUUUAGAUUUUUUUCUUCCUUUUCUAGCCAUCCACAUUAACUCUUCCAUUAUAGAUUCGAAUAUCCAAUUUUGGGAAUACCGUCUUUUUUAAUUCAGAAAAUUAGACCUGCCUUGAAAAGCACCCCCUCCCCAUUCCUCCCUGUUUCCUUGGCUCCUCCAUCGGGUUAGCGUCUCUCAGCUCUCUGAGGUACUUCUAUGCUCCACCAGCAGCAGUUCCCUGUGAAGCUGGCAGGCCCCAGGCUUGUCCUCCUGCCAUUUCUGAGUUGAGUUGGGGGCACACAAGCAAGAGGAAUUCCCCCUAGGCCUUACUGAAAAGGAUACCAGCCUGGGGUGGGGGGCAAAUAGAUGAACUAUGGUUCACAAACACUGGAAUUGAGGAGCCGAUCUGGGCUCAUUAGUCUCGCUCUGUCCCUGCCUCUUACCGGACCACAGGUGGCGGCCAGCCUCCUCUUACUGUCACUUCCUUCCCCCAUUCUGCCUUCUGUGUGAGCCUAGAGGGCCUCACUGUGAAGGGUUCAGUCUCAAUCUGCUUGAAGGGUGGUGUGAUUCUGCUGGAUUCCAGCAGCUGUGGAUGUCUUUCAAGAGUGUUCAGGUGAUAUAUUUUUCAGCCUCUAAGAUGACUGGUACUAUAUCUCAAAUGGCGAGAUUAAGCCAAAUACCUGGUGUGAUCUGAAAGUCACCAAGUUUCAGAACUGGAGAGAAAGGAUGGACUUUUUACCGAGGUUCUUGUAUGAAUAUGAAAACAGACCAGGGCAGGAUGUUCCUCUUCCCUGAGAUGAGAACAUCUCAUUCUGGCCACUUGACCCAAGUUUCUGAACUCAGCCUCUUACCAUUCCAAGUCUUACAGAUGAAAAAUGGAGGGAAAUGCCUUUUUGCCCCCAAGGAUUUCUGUAUUCAAAGCAAUACCUUAUAAAUAUGUAAGACUUAGGAUGACUUCUCCAGCCACUUGAAGUAGAGAUGCUGAUUCCAAUAUAAUCUUAAUUUCCCAUUCCAACAUUGCCAAUAAUGAUUUUUCUCUUGAUUCCCUUCACUGCAAAAGUCCUUGUUCUUUGAGAGAAGAGCUGGACAGUCCAAUACCAGAGCUACAGUAUUGACUUACUGCAGACCCUGAAGAUUUCACAUUCAAUUGAUCAAACCUCAGGGAAUCGCCUAACAGACAUUGUGAGGGAUUCAAAGAUGAACCAGGCACAAUCCCUCCCCUGAGAGUUUAGAUUCUACCUACAGGAUCGUCCAGCAUGAAAUUUCUCAGUUCCACACUAAGGACUAGCAGUGAUGAAAAUUUCACCCCAGACUAAAUUAAAAGUUCGUGUAUCAUCUGAAUAGUUGGCCUUUCUCUGUGGCCGUCAUGGGAACUCGUAGCCCACAAAAUCUAAAGUCAGGAAAGGAAAAUGCAGAGGGGCACUGCCGUGUGAAAGGUGGACACUCUCGCUCGUGUCUUGGAAUUCCCUUUCCCCAAAUCAUGAGUUCAUUGAGCUGUCUCCUUCUGUCAGAAGAGUGGUAGUUGGCUACAUGGGUCCUUUCGAAGGUAAUAACAUGUCUCUCAGAUGUGCUUGAUCCAAGGCCACUUGGUCUUGCCCUUAGGCAGCAUUGCCAAUGUUCCAAAUCCCAUUUGGAGGUCCCUCACAAGAAAAGAGGAACUGAUGGAUUUUCUCCUUUCAACCAUCUCUUUAAAAUCCUCUGAUCAAGGGCUGAUACCUUAUCCAACUAAAAAUGUCCCUUUAGCUGAAAUUUAAGUGGCUACAACAGAAUUGGUCAAAAUGACUAAAUAACCCCCAUGUCCAUCCUUCCCUGCCUAGGCUCCAGCCCUGGAUAUGUUUUUGAAACAUUAACUGCCAUUUGCAGAAAGGAAGCCUGAGUAUCAGAGAGGUAAUGUCACCAUAUUGGAGCAGAUAAUAUGGCAGGGACAGAAUUAGGAUUGGUAUCCAGCUUGACCACUCCCCCAUUUGACCCAUUAUCACCCAGGAAACUGAAGAUAAGAGAUUUGGAAAAACAGACAAAGAACAAAGGGUAGUUUUCUUUCCCUAAGCAUUCGGUGCUAGUCAGAAGCUUUCAUUCACUCAGUCUGCUCCUUUUCCGAGCAUAAACCUAGAAUAAAGGAAGUGAUACAAGGAAGCCAGAGGGAUGGGGGAGGGAGGGGACACCCAAUAAUCCCUGUGUUGUCAGAACCACAAAAGACUAACCUGAUACUCUUUUGGCCCCAUCUGCAUCAACACUAAACAACUGCAAACUCCCUGGGUCUUUCACACAUGUCAAGUGAACAUUCUCUGUGACUACACCCACCUGCAAACCAGAACGAAUCUAGAAUGAAAUUUUUUUUUUUUUGGUCUAGUUUCUAAUCUCUUGUUUAUGAGGUGUGGGGUUUAUAAGGGACUGAAUCAAAUGAAUGUAACAAAAAAAGAAAAAAAAWGCCUUUUCUCAGGGCCAGUGAGUUGCAAAUAAUUUUUAAAGAAAAGCCUAUAAUUACA